CCCAAUUCGGGUCAUUCCCUUUAAGAAUUCUGCCUUACACCAGUUUUUCUGCAGCUUCAGUUCAGCCAUGAAAGCAGCUUCAAUCUCUUCAGCCUCAUUCACCAUUCCAGUCUCAAACAAAAUCACAAGAUUAUCAAAUUCAAAGGUCAAUUUUUGUUGCAUAAGAAGAAGAUGCGACAGUCGGAUUGAUACAAAUCGAACAGGGGUCGCUCCAAUUAAGGCCAUCAACGAUAUUUCUAAUGCAGCGGAUCCUGCUCGGGUCGAGGUCACUUGGCAGAUUAUUGUUGGUUCUAUAGCUGGGGUCACACCAUUUGUGGUUGCAGGAAUUGAGUUCAGCAAAAGAAUUAUAGCACAGAGAAGAUGUGAGGUGUGUGGAGGGUCUGGACUAAUUUUAAGAGAGGAGGACUAUUUCAAGUGUCCUGGUUGUGGAGGAUUUCUGCCAUGGCAGUCCUGGAAACGGUUCUUCACUGGCUAAUUUUUUUUUUUUCAAGUUUUCUGUAUCUUAUUGCCCAAUCCAUCAAUCUAUACUUUCCUUUUGUACUAUUAAUUGCACUUAUGAUCUCUCAUCAAGCAAAUUAGACAGGCCCCCCAUAAGGGCAGAUUCAACAACGAAUACAAAUAAAUUGAUUUGUGUCAGUAUUUGACUGGGAGAUUUUUAAUAAGAGAUUUCAGUUUUCUCUCA